AUGGUUGAGUUGAUGAAAGCUAAAAGAGUGCUAGCAAUAGCGGAUGCUCUUUCUUUUUAUUGUGCGCUCGCACUAGUCGCACUUAUGCUUACCGGCGCGUUUAGAGAUGAUCAAAAUUUUAGUUAUUCGCUUAGCACGAAGGAGGGUGUGGGGGGAGACAGGCUGCCGGUGAUGAAUAUACGGCCGUGUGACGAGAUAUAUGUGGUGGGAGAAGGGGAAACACUUCACACCAUAAGCGACAAGUGUGGCGACCCGUUUAUAGUCGAAAGAAACCCGCAUAUUCAUGACCCGGAUGAUGUUUUCCCUGGUCUCGUCAUCAAGAUCACCCCUUCUUCUUCUCGUAUACAAUAA